GGGCGUUUGUUCGGCGGCGUAGGGGGGGAUGAGGAGGAGGGGACGAGAGCGGUGGUGCACGUACGAGGCGUGAAUAAGGGUAGUUGUGAGGGUGUGGUUGUGAGCGCUGUUGUAUCGAUGGAUGGAUGGGUGGUUAUAGUAUUGGUGGUGAUGGUGGGAAGAAGUGAAAAUUUACUACCCACGCAACGCUACUGUAUACAUAUGUACCAGUACUCGCACAUCUACAUGCAUGGCUAUACAUGCACACACUCUCCUCAGCAAACGCUGUAGAACUCAACAAAAAGCAUAAUCCCUACUCUGCAUUCUGCACUGCACCUGCUACUGCUGCCUUACCUACGUACAUACCUACAUCUACCUACAUACUCACCAAGCUGCCCACGAGCAACCCACCUUUCUCCCUCUCCCUCUAUCUCUUCUCACUUUCUCUCCCUCCUCCCACCGCCUCCCACUCCGUCCAGUACCACAAAUCACCUACCAACACAUCACCGCCCUCACCGCCUCUAACCCUCACUACCACAACGGCACCCUCCCGCUGCGGCCUCCCGCCCAAAGCGCGCACGCAGCAAACCCGCACACGCAUCCCCAGCAAAAGAAGAAGAGAAAGAAGAAGCAAAAGAAAAGAAAAAAAAAAAAAAAAACAAGCAAGCAAGCAGACGCCCACACGCCCACACGCCCGGCACCACACGCUCGCAACGCCCCCACGCGUACGUGUCCACCGCUCAAGCACCAUCUACCCUACACACGCAUCUACGGACCUACCUACCCAUCCCAACCCGACCCAGCCCGCAUCGUCUCGCCUCGCCUCGCCUCGCCUCGCGCCGUCCCGCCCGCGCCGUCCCGUCCCGCCCCAUGCCGCAUCGAGCCGCGCCGUUUCACAGUCUCAGUCUCAGAGUCAGGACGUCUCAGCCACUCGCGCGCGCACCAAGGGCUUACGCGAGACAGGCGCGCGCGUGACGGAACGGGAAGGAAGGAAGGAAGGGAGGGAGGGAGGGAUGGAGAGAGGGAAUCUAGGUAAGGUAGGAAGAAGGGGGGCCUGUCCGCGCGCUUGCUCGGCACGAUGGGGGCGCGGUGCGUGGGUCUUGCGUAUCGCGUAUUGGGUAUUGGGUGUUGUGUCGGGUACGAGGAGGAUGGGUGCGAGGUAGGUCGGUAGCGAGGUGUGUGUGUGUGGGUAUGUGUGAGUGCGUGUGGCGCCUACUGACCGAGCGCGUGGUUGGCCGUUCGUAGGUGGCUUCGUCUGUCGCGCUGCUGCUAACUAACUACCUAGUACGAAGUGAGUCGGCGCGUGCCCAGGUACGGAGGUGGGUGGGUACGCCGGUCUGGAGCUGUCCGUCCACCAGCCAGCCAGCCAGCCAGCCAGCCAGC